AUGUCAACAUAUGGGUUAGUUCAAUGUACUCCAGAUAUAUCAACAAGUGACUGUGAAAGAUGCUUACUUUUAGGUGUAGACAAAAUGUUCAGAUUGUACCCUCCCGGCAGUGAUCAGGGAGGAGAUAUGACAACUAUUAGACCAAGUUGUUAUAUGAAGGUUCAGUUUUACCCUUUUUACAAUAUAACAGCAGCAAAUGCAUCGUCUCUCUCGCCUCCCGCCCGACCACGAAAAUCAACAGCCCUGUGGUUCUCAAUCUGUACAGGGGUAUCACUAGCUGCGGUUAUAUUCAUUUUCGCCAUCAUCUGCUUAUGCAAACUGCUGGUACUGAGAGCAAAGGAGAAACUCAAUUCAAAGACGAGGGAUGGUACUUUAGUGGCAUUUACAUAUAGAGAAUUACAGACUGUUACGAAAAACUUCUCACAGAAGUUGGGUAGUGGAGGUUUUGGUUCCGUCUUUAAAGGGGUAUUACCUGACUCAACUUCCAUUGCUGUAAGGAAACUUGAAGGCCUCAGGCAAGGUGAGAAGCAGUUCUGGUCAGAAGUGAGCACUAUCGGUAUGAUUCAGCAUGUAAAUCUCGUUCGCUUACGUGGGUUUUGCUCAGAAGGUGUUAAACGAUUACUAGUUUACGAAUUCAUGCCAAAUGGAUCUUUGGAUUCUCACCUUUUCAAUCAAAAGAAUACCGAGGUUUUAGAUUGGAAGACCAGGUAUCAAAUAGCACUAGGAACAGCAAGAGGAUUGACUUAUCUCCAUGAGAAAUGCAGAGACAGCAUCAUACAUUGUGAUAUCAAGCCUGAAAACAUCCUUUUGGAUGCUGAAUUCAAUCCAAAAAUAGCAGAUUUUGGUCUAGCCAAGCUCGUCAGUCGAGUCCUAACCACCAUGAGAGGAACUAGAGGAUACCUUGCGCCAGAAUGGAUUUCAGGAGUGGCCAUCACUCCAAAAGCCGAUGUCUACAGCCAUGGUAAGAUGUCGUUUGAAAUUAUCUCAGGGAAGAGGAACUUCGAGCAUUUCAGUAAUGAUGAGAAGAUUAGUUAUAUUCCUGCUUGGACUGCG